AAUAGAACACCUGCUAUCGGAGCUUCUUACGCCAGAGCUUGCGGCACGAUUACGAUGCCCUCCGGCGUCAAGUCUAUAAUACAAGUAUACCCCCGGUGGUCUACCGUACAUAUACCCCUGCUCCUCCGCGUUGACGCUAUUUGACGAAGACAUGGCUUCAUCGACUUUAUCGCUAGUCAAGACACUUAAGCUCUCCUCUGGUUAUCAGAUCCCCGUAUUGGGACUCGGUGUCGCUCUGGCCGAUGACUGCGUGGCCACCUGUCUCGCCGCCCUCAAGCACGGCUAUCGUCACAUCGACUCUGCACGCCACUACGGCAAUGAGGCGCAGGUUGGAGAGGCCGUACGUCAGAGCGGGAUCCCGAGGGAAGAGGUGUUCAUCACUUCGAAAGUAUUUGAUCAGGACCAUGGAUAUGAGAGCACGAAGAAGGCCGUUCAAGGUUCAUUGGACGACUUCGCUUUCGAUUACAUCGACCUAUACCUGAUACAUAGUCCUCGUUCCGGGAAGGAGCGUCGCCUCGAGACGUAUAAAGCCCUCCUCGAUCUUAAGAAAGAAGGGAAAAUCCGCACUGCCGGCGUGUCUAACUACGGGGUGAAGCAUCUGGAAGAAAUCAAAAAUACCGGACUCGAACUCCCUUCCGUGAACCAGAUCGAGCUUCACCCCUUCUGCCAACAAAGACCCAUCGUAGAGUACUGCAAGAAGCAUGGUAUAGUGGUCGAAGCGUACGCGCCCCUCGUUCGCGCGAAACGUAUGGACCAUCCCGUACUUGUCGAAUUAUCCCGGAAGUACGAAACAUCUCCCGCUCAGAUCCUCGUUCGAUGGGGCCUCCAACACGAGCUGGUCGAAUUGCCGAAGUCCUCGCAGCCGCAGCGCUUAGUAGCCAACGCGGACGUGUUCGACUUCAACAUCGAGAAGGAGGAUCUCGCGAGACUGGACGCUCUCGACAUGGGUCCGGAAGGAGCUGUGGCGUGGAACCCAGUUGGCACGGAUUAGGAUUACUUCGAAGAUCUAGAUACACAUGGCCAUCAACGGGUGUAUGGUAAAACGCGCAUACAGUCCUGCUUGUACGACGUAUUAAACGAUCGUCUAUAAAUGCC